GUUGGACCUGGUUCCUGGUUCCCGGCUCUCUCUCUCUACUCGUUUCUCCUUCUUCUUUGUUUGAGCUCCUUGUGGCUUGUGGCGCCCAUUUUCUAUCUACUUUCUGAUAAUCUCGAGGGCCUUUGGCUUUCCCUUCCAGUUCAUCUCUCAUGGCGGCCGAGCUCUUGUCUUACGGGAACCAUCAGUUGAGUUCCAUUGCCUGGCUUCGCAAAUUUCAGGCGUCGUCUCGUGCUCGGCUCCCAGUGACACAGAGACUCAGCUGCGGCCGCUUCGGCGUUCCACGUCGUCAUCUGCGGGCGCAACUAUGGGAGAAUGCGGUAUCAUGCCCUCCUCAGGAUAACGUGUGGAAUGCUGAAGAAAGCUACUCUAACCUGCAAGUACAGACGCUCAGAAAUUUCCCGAAGGAGCAACUUCAUGGGAAAGUCGUGUUGGUACGAUUUGAUUCCAGAAUUCUGUUGAACGAAUCACAAGCUUCUAACUUUCCAACAGAUAAAGCCUGCUUUACAAUCAACUAUUUACAUCGCGCUGGGGCCAAGGUUAUAUUAACCAGUUCUUGGGACCACAACGAAGGUUCCAGGAUUUUAUCGGAUGAAUCUGCCGCAGAUUAUUUAUCUGAGCUUUUGCAACUUAGAGUCACCGCGGCUAGCUGCAUUUGUGGUGGCAUUCAUUUGCAAAUGGAUGGACAGGGAUCUGGUGAUAUUCUUUUAAUUCAGAACCUUAAAAAUCAUAAAGAAGAAUUUGCCAAUUGUUCCACCUUUGCUAGAAGACUGUCAAUGGGUGUUGACAUCUUUGUGAAUGAUACUUUAUCCCAGUCUCAUAGGAUACUAGCAUCAACAGUUGGUGUGGCACGCUUCACCUAUGCCUCAAUAGCUGGUUUUCAUUUUGAAGAAGAACUAUCUGUAUUAAUGAAGGCGAUGAAACCACCACACCGACCAUAUAUUGCAGUUAUUGGUGGUGGUAAUCUUUCUGAGAAGAAAAAAGCUCUGCAAUAUCUCAUUUCAAGAUGCGACGUACUGGUCUUCAUUGGUAGGAUGGCGUUUCAGUUUAUGCAUGCAUUAGGAAUGCCUGUUCCUCCAAAUCUUGUAGAAUCUGGUUCAAUCAAGGAUGCAACAAUGUUGAUUCGUUUUGCACAAGAAAGAAAUGUAUAUAUUAUGGUUCCAGAAGAUUUUUUGUGUACGAAAGUAUCCAGUCCAAACACUUUCAGUGUCAUUUCAUCUAACUGUUCGUUGAAUGGUUGGAAGCCUGUUGACAUUGGACCAAAGACAUUACAGAAGUUAUCAUCACUACUUCUGAAAGGCAAGACGGUCUUUCGGAUUGGUCCAGCAAAUUUUGAUUUGUCACAGAAAGUGAUAAAUGGAGAAUUGAGUUUGAAUUCUCUCUUAAGUAGAAUUGGUCACGAUGGUUGCUGUGCAAUUAUGGUUGGAGCGGCAGCAUGCAGGGGAAUUAGUAAUGCCAUAAAUUCACAAUCUGUACAUUAUAUGUUUGAUGGUGCCUCAGUUAUGUGGGAGCUUCUUAAAGGAAGAAAUCUUCCAGGUGUUGCUGCAUUAGACAAGGCAUACCCACUUGCUGCUGAUUGGGGAAAUAUUUUUCCUAAUCCAACUCUGCCAUUGUUUGUUGACAUUGGAAGCGGUAAUGGUCUAUUUCUUUUUAGAAUGUCUAGAUCAAGGAAGAACAAAAAUUUUUUGGGACUUGAGAUAAAUAAAAAGCUUGUUAGUCAAUGUCUGGACACUGUGAACCUCUCAAGUUCAAAAAAUCUGCACUUCAUCAAUACAAAUGCUACCACUACAUUUCGCUUUAUAGUUUCAAGAUACAAAGGGAUGUUGUCAUGUGUGUCAAUCCAGUGUCCAAACCCUGAACAUCACAGCAUUCCCCAUAGAUGGAAGGUCUUACAACGUCCACUGGUGGAAGCAGUUGCAGAUUUACUUCCAUUAGGUGCAAAGGUAUUUUUGCAAUCUGAUAUUGAGCAAGUUGCAUCGAAGAUGAAGGAUCAGUUUAUACUUUAUAGCAAGGGCAGACUAGCAGUGCACUGUGAUGAGAUUGGAGUUGAUGUUGACUCUGAUGGUUGGCUUAAGGAGAACCCUUUUGGCAUACGGUCAGACUGGGAGCAACAUGUAAUUGAUAGAGGGGGUUCCAUGUAUAGAAUCAUGCUUUCCAAAGUCAUUGAAUAAAAAUGAGGACAAACUGUUUAGCUAUCAA